AUGACGUCCAAUAGUGCUGAGUCCAUCAACUCAGUAACACGGUUUGCACGCUAUCUUCCGAUAACAAUGUUAGUUGAAUUUUAUCGGGCGACAUUGCAACAAUGGUAUUUCAUACGUCGGCAUAACGGAGCGCAAAUGAUGAAUGCAGUGACUCCUUGGGCGGAGGCCAAAUUAGAGAAGAGAAUACAUAGGAGCGCAAAUUGGAAGGUAUAUCCCAUCAACGAUUUGUUGUUUGAAGUUGACGACCGCUAUGAGAAAGGAAUGUGUGAUUUGCAUGCUAAGACUUGUACAUGCAUGCAAUGGCAACUUUAUGAAAUAGCUUGUGGUCAUGUGAUUUCUGUUGCUCGAAGUUUAGAUAUUCAAGAUUGCAGUCAAUUCUGUUCUGUUUGGUUCAAUUCCGGCUCUUACCUUGCAAUAUACGAGGAGGAAGUCAUUCCCCUUCCACCAGAAGUUGAAUAUGUGUUGUCCAACGAACGUUUGACUGUCCUACCGCCUCCAUUGGACAUACAAAACUCAGGCAGGCCAUGCAACCAUGAUCGUAUCCCGUCACGGGACGAGGACCCAAUAGUGAAAACUUGCAGUCGAUGUGGCCAGAGUAGACAUUUUUGA